GAGCGCAUUUCCUGUUGGAGUCAACAUAUCGCGGCUUUUCAUCCUAAAUAGAAGCUAGCAGACUAAAGGCAGCUAGUCUCGGAGAAAACACAUCCUCGGUUAUCUGCGUCUUCCCAACGGACCGACUUUAUGCUCCGUUUCGGCGUUUGAGUGUGUCGCCGCUGCUGCGCCAGGUGUUGGGUGGAAAAUGACAUCUUUUUCACAAAGGGUUUGUCCUGCCCUGGUGUUGCUCAUCUUCUCAUCUGUGGUUACCGCGCAAGAAGAGUCCCCCUUACAGGAUGACUGGCGUGAUGUGUGGCUGUUUCGCUUCCUGGUCAACGUGCUGGGAUACUCAACCAUAAUUAUCCCUGGCUACCUCCUUAUCCGCUACUUCAAGCGUACCAAUUACUUGGACACGGGUAGUGGCGUCUUUUUUCCGGUCAUCAAGGCCUGCGUAUUUGGAACGGAAGCAAAGUCGGCCCUGCUGGACGACGUGUCCAUCUCAUCCAGGAACGAGGGGGAUUCGGGCUCGGCGCUGGGACAGGCUGGCCGCUUGAUCUUUUGUGCUGCUGGACUUCAGGCGUCAUACCUGACAUGGGGAGUCCUGCAGGAAAGGGUCAUGACCCGAUCCUACGGCGCCUCCACUCCAGAGGAGGAGGGCGAGCGCUUCAAGGACUCUCAGUUUUUGGUCUUCAUGAACCGGAUUUUGGCCCUGACCGUGUCGGGCCUGUGGUGCCUGCUGUUCAAGCAGCCUCGCCACGGCACGCCCAUGUACAAGUACUCGUUCGCCUCGCUCUCCAACAUCAUGAGCAGCUGGUGCCAGUACGAGGCUCUCAAGUACAUCAGCUUCCCCACUCAGGUCCUGGCCAAGGCCUCCAAGGUCAUUCCCGUCAUGCUCAUGGGUAAGAUGAUUUCCCAGAAGAGCUACGAGUACUGGGAGUACCUGACAGCCGCGCUUAUUUCCGUGGGCGUCAGCAUGUUCCUGCUGUCCAGCACGGCCGGCAAGCACCCGUCCACCGUCACCACCUUCAGCGGCGUGGUCAUCCUGGGGGGCUACAUCGUCUUCGACAGCUUCACCUCCAACUGGCAGGACAACCUGUUCAAGUACAAGAUGUCGUCUGUCCAAAUGAUGUUCGGGGUCAACCUGUUCUCUUGCCUCUUCACGGUGGGCUCGCUGCUGGAGCAGGGGGCCUUGUUCGACUCGGUGGCGUUCAUGGCGCGUCACUCGGAGUUCGCUUUCCACGCCGUGCUGCUGUCCGUUUGCUCGGCGUGCGGCCAGCUCUUCAUCUUCUACACCAUCAACCAGUUUGGCGCCGCCGUCUUCACCAUCAUCAUGACGCUGCGGCAGGCCAUCGCCAUUCUCCUCUCCUGUUUUCUUUACGGCCACGCCGUCACCCUGGUCGGCGGCUUCGGCGUCGCCGUGGUGUUCCUGGCUCUCUUUUUGCGAGUGUACGCACGUAGUCGGAUGAAGUCGGGCCGGCGGCAGGCGCUGCCGAUGCCGCAGAAGGUGUAGCGCUCGCGCCAAACUGAGGACUGAAACCACGUUUUCUGUGGUGUUUUUGUUUGUUUGUUUUUUGAAACGGCUCACAUCUUCUGUUCGUGUGUGUCAGGUACUUAAAGGGAUUCUUUGUCGUUCUUUCGACGUUCUGUCGAGUUGAGAGUUGAGUUCUGUGCCUCCAAGCGGUUCAUGAGAUUCUGUUCCACGACAUGCCUCUUCCCAGUCACAAGAUGUUCUCUCCCUCCCACACCACCUGUGGCUGAUGUGGCCACUGCUAGUUGCUGAGAAAAAAAACGAUUCCAUAAAAAGUUUGAGAAAUUCAUCACGUUUCAGGAUGAACCUAAAAUGCACUGGAACCAUGAGAGGAGAACUUAGUUUGACCCUCCCUAAACUUUUGAGUUCCCACUGUCUUAAAAAAAGGACUAAUUUCUCCGAGACCAGUCAUGGCUCAGCUGUUUUCUGGGUUUGGUCAUGUGAGCGACUGUUAUGUCAUUUACAGUCGACAGCACAGUGGCAAAAUCCCCGCCCCCUGAGAUGGAUGAAAACCAGGUGGAUGUUUCAUCUGAUUUUAUAUUCCACAAAUACUUAUCAGAAUGCGAUGUUUUGACCAGUGCGGGCGCAUAGACAUAGAACAUUUUUUGUUGAUGUGGCUUCCCCUUAAAAUGAAGUCAAAGGAAGUUGACCUGUAAAGGUUAUAACUCCCAUUUUAGGUUCCCCCUGUAAUUUCCCCCGAAAGCUCACUUUUUGUCACCAGCGUAUGCCAGCUUUGUGGACAGAACUGUUAAGACUUUAUGAAGUUGGCCUUAAUCGCGACUGAGCACUGGAACAAGAUGAUCAAUAUCAUAAAAACGCUGUGUUUGUCUGUCACAGUCGCCAGAUGUGCUUCCCAUGCGGAGAGCAAGCGGCCUUUGUUUUACCAGGAAACUGCGCAUAUACCUUGAACCCACUACGCGGACACUCAAUUGCCACAUCAUUCGAGGUCCAAAUCCACUUUCACAGUCAAUUGCGGAAUUGUCUUGUUCUUGUUUCGGAACGUAAUAUUGUUGCCCCCGAGUUUAUGUGUGCGCACUACUUUGUGCCAAUUGUGGGCCCUUGACAUGACCAAAAGAGAUGCUAUGAAGGAGUUCUUUUUGUGCUGCAUUGUUUUUAAGACACUUUUGUUAAAAAAAUUGUCUUCACAUCAUAGCAUCUUUGAAUUUGUUUCUAUCCACCAUGUUGGUUGCACUGCCUCCUGUGUUCGACCGCUCCAUGACUGAUGUGCGGGGACGAUCCCCCAUAAACACAUUCAAGGGGUGGUACAGUGUAACUUCUGUUACUUAUGGUAAGUGGAUUGAUUAAUAAUAAAAUACUUAUUAAUAUAU